UGUACGCCCCAGCUCGAGUGGAGAACGUUGUGGAUGUCGUUCAAUGUAAUAUUUUUUUUUUCAUCUAUUUACACGCUUUGGAAGCCUACUUUAAUUUGAUACACCUACAUUUGAAACAACAGAGAACAUUUGGAAAUGGCUACGGGAGCAAAUGCAACCCCUCUAGGGAAGCUGCACCCGAGUAUUGGCGCUAAACGAGGCUUUGAUUCCGGGCCUGGUGCGGGGUUUAUGCCUCCACCCGGGCCUCCUGUGUCCUUUCCUUCGCUACCGAAUUUCCAGCCACCAAUUCCAAACGUCUCUUUCCCGCAAGCUCACCCGGUGUUUACUGCGGUGGCUGCUUUUCCCACCCCGCCACAACCACCCCAAGGAGCCGGAAUGCAGUCUCAGUCAGACUUCGGUCAGAAAAAAGCCAGGAAAAGGAGCCGCUGGAGUAGUGAAACACCCGACCAGAAGACAGUCAUUCCUGGUAUGCCCACCGUCAUCCCGCCUGGACUGACUCGGGAUCAGGAGAAGGCCUAUAUAGUCCAACUGCAGAUUGAAGACCUGACUCGUAAACUGCGUACAGGAGACCUGGGAAUCCCUGUUAACCCUGAGGACAGGUCCCCGUCUCCAGAGCCCGUCUACAACAGCGAGGGGAAGAGGCUGAACACCAGGGAGUACCGCACACGCAAGAAGAUCGAGGAGGAGCGUCACUCCCUCAUCACCGAUAUGGUGGCACUCAACCCUGAGUUCAAGCCCCCCGCUGACUACAAGCCCCCAGCCACCAGGGUCAACGACAAGGUGAUGAUUCCACAGGACGAGUACCCAGAGAUCAACUUUGUUGGCCUGCUGAUUGGGCCACGUGGCAACACCCUGAAGAACAUAGAGAAGGAGUGCUGUGCCAAGAUCAUGAUCCGUGGCAAGGGCUCUGUGAAGGAGGGCAAGGUGGGCCGUAAGGACGGCCAGAUGCUGCCAGGGGAGGACGAGCCGCUGCACGCCCUGGUCACCGCCAACACCAUGGAGAACGUCAAGAAGGCCGUGGAACAGAUCCGCACCAUCCUCAAGCAGGGCAUCGAGACCCCCGAGGACCAGAACGACCUGAGGAAGAUGCAGCUGAGGGAGCUGGCCAGACUCAACGGGACCCUGAGAGAGGACGACAACAGGAUUCUGCGUCCGUGGCAGAGCACUGAACCCCGCAGCGUCACCAACACAACCCUCUGUACAAAGUGUGGCGGCGCAGGCCACAUCUCCUCCGACUGCAAGUUCACCAGCUCCUUUGCGGCGCCCAGGGCCGGUGAGCCCCCCCAGUCUGCCCAGGACAAGGCCCGUAUGGACAAGGAGUACCUGUCCCUCAUGGCGGAGCUGGGCGAGGCCCCUGUGCCCACCUCUGGCGGGGGACACUCCAACAACCAGAACAGUGGCAACAACAGAGGCAACAACAACAACAACCAGCCGCCACCGAGCCGUCCUCCCUGGAUGAACUCUGGCCAGUCUGAGAACAGGAACUUCCACAGCAUGCACGGAGGCCACGGCGGACACGGUGGUCAUGGGAACCAACACGGUGGUCAUGGCAACCAUGGAGGUCAUGGAGGUCAUGGAGGCCACCACAACUUCCCACCCCCCAUGUCCAACAUGGGAGGGCACCCCAUGCCCCCCAACAAUGGCAUGCCACCCCCGUGGAUGCAGCCCCCACCGCCCCCCAUGGGCCAGGGACACGGACACCAUAUGGGUCUGUUGCCUCCACCCAUGAUGCCGCCACCACCUCCACCCCCGAACAACCAGCCUCCCCCACCACCGUCAGGUCCCCUGCCUCCAUGGCAACAGCAGGCCCCUCCACCCCCUCCUACCAGCAGCAUGGCCUCUAGUGCACCACUGCCAUGGCAACAGAAUACCACCACGACGUCCAGUCCUGGCACUGGUAACCUGCCCCCCUGGCAGCAGCCCCAACAGUCCGCUGCCUCGGCCGCCCAGCCCCCUCCCCCCAUGGGCAACCCCUCAAUGGUCCCCCCUCCGCCCGGGGUCCAGCCACCUCUCCCCCCCGGCGCCCCACCUCCCCCUCCUCCCCCACCCCCCGGCUCAGCCGGCAUGAUGUACGCCCCUCCACCCCCCCCUCCGCCCAUGGAUCCCUCCAACUUUGUCACCAUGAUGGGGAUGGGGGUGCCAGGCAUGCCCCCCUUCGGUAUGCCCCCUGCGCCGCCACCUCCACCCCCCCAAAAUUAAACACCCACUGAGCCCCUGCCCCGUUCCCCAGUCUCAACCGCACAGCCCUCCCAGAUGUUCCCCAACACCAAGGAUUCACAGCAAAACAUUCACAACCAGCUACCCAAUGGACUGAUGCACAGCUCUGCCCAGGGCAUAUUGUUUUUAAAUGUAAGUGACAUGACCUGUGCUAUACGCUUCUUAAACACAGUCCUGCUUAGCAUGUAGAGAAACUCAUCAAACAAGGAGGUGGUGUGGUUGAAUUUGUAAAUUUGCUUAACUUAAUGUUUCUGUUAAAGUUAGUGUUUUUGAUCACUCGGUAUAAGCUCUCUGUCCAUUUUUUUCCAGGGCUUUUAUUUUUUUCAGGGUUUACUCCCUCCAUGAUUGGUUUAUAACGUUCUCACCAUACACACCAAAUAAACCACCUCAGACAUGUAUAUGCUUUGGUUUGCCGACUGGACUGUGGAUGUCCUAUUCUCAUUCCUCUUAGUUCUACCUAAAAGUAUAUAACUAGUGUAUUUUAGUGAGUUAUAACAGCUGUUUGAUGGAUAUUUACCAUGGAUACAUUGGAUUUGGGGUGAUCUGUUAAAGUCGAGCUCAAGCUUAGCCAUCAUUGUGUUGUCAUCUACAUGACCUUUUACUGUUCAGAUUAUCCAGCCAAUUUUGUAGGCAUGGUAGUCCAAUGGCUACGGCCUUCAUUCAUAGUCAUGUUCCAUUCACUUGCUAUUGGUUUCACUGAGCUGAAUAUUUUUCUGCUGUUUUUCUAAUUGAACCCGAUUUCUUGCAUGUGGCACCUCCCUCUCAAUUAUUUUGUCAGAAAAACGGGUCUUUGUAAUACUGUAGUUUUUUCUUUUAUUCCGAAGAAAACAAGUUGUGCGUUUCAGCUGUUUCUGGUGAGCUUUUUCCCCAGACACAAAUGAAUGUAGGUCCAUGAGGAUGCAGCAGGGAAUAGGACUUUGCAUCCUACAGCUGAUUGGCUUAAGAGAUGCUCUGAACUACUUAAAAUUCUAAGGAAGUCUGAUUGGAUGCUUGAUUGUUCUGUUAACAACCUUUCCAAUCCUUGCUCUGAUCUGUAGCUGUGUGCCAUGCUUGAAUUGCUCCAACAACAUCACAACAACCCUAUUUCUGUUCCCGUUAGUUUCUUUUUUUUCCUCAUUAACUCAAGCAACUAUGUUAGAUGACGUUAUACACUGGGUGGUUCGAGCCCUGAAUGCUGAUUGGCUGACAGCCGUGGUAUAUCAGACCGUAUACCACGGGUAUGACAA